AUGGACGUCGAUGAUGUCUCCCACGUCGGCCAGUGGGUGCAGCUUUUGGAAAAGCAAAAGGUUGCACUUCAAGCUGCAAGUAAACGAAAAGGCGAGCGGCCCAAGGACCGAAGGUCUCGCGGCCAAAUUAUCCACGAAUUCAUGUUGCAGUCUGCGAGCACGACCAUGAUGUACCGGAAGAACGAUCAUCACAUGAUACACCAAUCUUGGGUCGCUACUCCUUAUCCGCCUUCUGUGGCGCCUUUAAGAAGCCUCAAGAAGCUUUACCUCAAGGAUCUGUACCUGGAGACCCACCAUCGAGGUUUCUACGUUUUACUCAGAGUUGCGACGCCUCCAGUAACCAUGACUGCCGUCAUGGCUGUCAUGGAAGAUGAGAAAGACGAUGGAGUGGUAUUUCAGCUAUUUCAGCAGGAAGACGAAGAUCAUCGGCCAGGUGAAGAGGUAGUCCAGAUACAGCGCGUCUGCAUCGUGAAAGAACCAUACUUCAAAGUGAUGAAUGAUGGAGGCUAUGGCUUGCGGGUCGAUCAUCUCAGCGAUAUUAUUUGGCUUUCCCCAGACGACGAAAGAAUCCCUCUUGGCUGGCGAGCACAAAUCAGCAAAUUCGAGAAGACUGCCGAAACCUUGAAAGAGGAGGGCAACCUCGCCGUGAAGGCGGGCGAGCUGAAUGUUGCAAUCGAGAGCUACACGUCAGCCCUUCACCGUUCAACUACAUUUGAAAUGUCACAGAUUCUCAAGCUCAAUCGAUCCUUGGUCAAUCUCAAGCUUCGGCAUUAUGAUGAAGCUUUGGAGGAUGUUGGAAAGCCCACUGCUGACGCACAGCAAUCAGAAAAGGGCUUCUACCGUGCAGCUCUCUCUUUGUACGAAUUAGGGAGAUUCCAACAGAGUCACCAGGCUUUGGCAUCUCUUAUUUCACAUUAUCCUCAUUGCCAUGCGGCAAAGAAGGAGAUUAUUCGCACGAAGCAGAGGUUAAGGGAGCAAGAGCUUGGCGAUUACGACUUCGAAGCAAUGUACGGGGCCGCCAAAGACACACCACCUUGUCUUGACAAUGCAACUUUCGCUGGCAACGUCGAAGUCAAAGUUUCAAACGGUCGUGGACGUGGUUUAUUCACCACGAAGGACGUGAUUGCUGGGGAAUUACUCCUCUGCGAGAAAGCCUUUUCUUACUGCUCCUCAAAGCAUUCGAAAACGAGCCUUCUAAUGAAUACUCAUACAAAUCGAGCCACCCUUGGUACGCAGGCAGACCUUAUCACAGCUACAGUGCAGAAGAUGUUCCGGAAUCCGUCACUCAGGCCGGUAUUUACCUCGCUGCACCACGGAGACUACAAGCCAGUUGACGAAGCAGAAGUUGAUGGCAUGCCAAUCAUUGACACUCAUACAUACGAGAAGACACAGGAAAAGCUACAAGAUUGGGGUUUCCAAUGCACUUGCGCUAUCUGCCAGCAAAGCAAGAAAACAAAGAAGAAUGCGUCGAGCAAGAGGCUUGCACUCUUGAAAGACCUCGAAGCUGCUUUGGGUAGCCAAAAGGGUGCCGAUUUGCCAAGGGCGGAACGAAUUUUGGAUGCCAUUGAAAAAACUUAUUCGGAACCAGCAAGUAGGGUCCCCCGCCUCGCGCUUUGGGACCCUUACCUCCUCCUCACACGCAUCUACAGUUCGAAGAAUCAGCAAGACAAAGUGAUCGAGACGGCAUGGAAGGUCCUGAUAUCGCUUGGCUUCACGAUCGAGAGGCAGAACCCAUUGUCUCUCGAAUCGCCGUUCGAGGUUGAGCAGUGGGGCUUGAUGGAAGACUGUCUGAUCCGGACAUGGGUGCAUUUAUGGAUGGCGUAUGCCCAGGUAGCACCGGACCUAUGCAAGAAGGCGGAGGAAUGCGCGAAGAUCACGUAUAAGAUUUGCAUCGGGGAGGAUGACACGUUCGAUGAGAAGUAUGGCAAGCUGGCCCAUCAAGCCAUGUUCGAGGGUAUAGAUUUAGGUAAAGCGUCCCGGUCAGUCGCUUUACGAGGUGAUUGA